AUGGGAGAGGCGGCCGGUACAGCAACAACUUCAAGCGAAGACGGGCCGCGGACGCGGGCUCAGCCUGAUCGACUCCACGCCUCUCUCCAUCUUGCACACCAAGUGACUUCCGUUGGACUAGGUGUACGAACUUCUGUAUCAGUGAUCAUUCCCUGUAACAUGAGCCAUGAGCUGGGUAUUUCACUGUUGCCUGGCGAUGUCCAAAAAGAGCCUGUGCGGCGUGAAAAUUCUCACUUGAUGAUCCUUCGCCCGACAACGAAAGCCUCCAGCUCCUCUCCGAUCCUCUCACAUCGAGAAUGGCAGGUGCCUGGCGAUGAGAAGUCCACGACGGGUGUUCGGCGGCGUCGGUGA